AUGAGCCAACCAAAUGUCCUCCAGGGAGCUCAGAACAUUGUUAUAACUGACAGCAACAUAAACGUUGCCAAUGCUAUCAAUUACUACACUAGCACUGGCAACAGAACGAUAUAUGCAAUGAUUCCCAUAAAACCAAACUCAAGUAUUCAUUUCAUAGGACGGACCAACGUUCUUGCAAAACUGAAGAAACAUUUUACUGCCGAAAGCAAUGAUAAACUCCGCCAUUGA